AUGUUUCACGCAUCCAGCACUCGACUCAACGCCGCCGGUCUCGCACCCGAGCACUCGAAGCUGCUUCCAGAGCGACAGCCCAAAGACGACGAAGCUAACCUCCUCGCUUCCCUUCACCAACUCUACACGUCCGUCACACCAAGCGAUGAAUGCUUCUCCCUGUUCGCCAAUGAGGCCAUCCUCACUCUGCCAACUGGUGACGUAGUCGUUGGUCCCAACGGCAUCAAGUCCAAGUUUGCCGAGCUCCUCGCGCCCUUCCCUCAGCGCACUCUUCGUCAGCGCCUGCUCGUCACCCCCGAGUCGCUGCCUCAACGCACCAUUGUGCUCGACCACGUGCUCAGCCUCGCUUCCGAAGACGGUCAGACGGUCAAGAACAUCCACUCGCUCGUCGUCAUCAAGCGCAAGGCUCUUGACGGCAAGAUCUCCGCUUUCACCGAGGAGGAGGGUCACCGAAAGGCCACUGCACCCCUGGCUGCCAGGGCGGCAGCUGCCAACAGCUUCUACUCUCCCACCGAUGCACAGAUGAGCCCAGUGACGUCCAAGCUCAACCUCGCCAAGAGGAAGCACCACAUGAAGGCAAAGCCUACAGCGCUCUUUGCCAACAAGUCCGGCUUGAGACAGGCCAUUGUGCCCGGCUCGCCUGCCCACAGCACAGGGACCAACGCCGACAUGGAGGCUUAA